AUGAGCGCUUCUUACAACCCGGACGAGAGCGGGCCCGUCAAGGCAGACAAGGUCAACUACAUCUGCGCCGAUUGUGGACAGAAGAACAACAUCCAAAUGCGCGAGGUCAUUCGUUGUCGGUCAUGCGGACACCGAGUCAUGUACAAAGAGCGUACAAAGAAAAUGGUGCAAUUUCUCGCAGUCUGA